AUGACGGGCAUAAGCUCCUUAAUUUUUGCUGCCAUAUUUGUUAGUGGGCAUUGCUGGAAAGCGACACAGCACGAUGUGGAUGUCGUCAAUGCAAGGGAAACUUUAUUUAAGUCCAAACUUUAUCCCCACAAAGAUUUUGAUGCGAUGACGAUGAGCAAGGAUUUUGUGCAGCCGAAGCCGCCGAAGAGCUUUGGAAAACGGGUCCAUGCUAUUGACCCAAAUUCCCUACCAAAAAGCUUUGAUUCUCGGGAAAAGUGGGCUAGCUGCAAAUCGUUGUUUAACAUUCGAGACCAGAGCCAGUGUGGUGAUUGUUGGGCUGUAGCUGCCGCAUCAACCCUCAGUGACCGUAUGUGCAUCCAUACCAACGGCAAAUUCAACGACGAGCUGUCGGCGCAAGAUAUUACUACUUGCUGCCCUUAUUGUUUUAGCGAUAAUGGUUGCCGUGGUGGUGAUCACUUUUCGGCCUGGAGAUAUUGGAUCGAGUACGGUGUCGUGACCGGUGACAGCUAUGGCAUGGGGACCGGAUGUCAACCUUAUUGGCUUGCCCCUUGUGGUCAGCACAACACCACCUAUUUCCGGGAUUGUACGCAUUCGACCUACCCCCCAGAUUGGCAAGGAACGACAACGCCCUGGGACUAUCCCUAUUCCCCAGCUUGCAGCAAGCAAUGCCAGAAAGGUUAUGCCAAGACCUGGGAUGAGGACAAGAAAUUUGGCAUCACUGCCUAUAACUUCUGGCCCAAUGACACCACUUCGGUGAUGUAUGAGAUUAUGAACUAUGGGCCCGUGGAGACGUCAUUCCAUUUCUGCCACGAGUUCAAUAAUUAUGAAUCGGGCAUUUAUACGCAAGCCAACUGCGUCCCCCAUGGAUGGCAUGCUGUGAAAAUUGUCGGCUGGGGAGAGGAGAAUGGAAAACCGUACUGGAUUGUGGCCAACUCGUUUGGAAAUGAUUGGGGAGAGCAGGGAUUCUUCCGCAAACUGCGCAACGACUGUGGAGACGGAGACUAUUUCCUGGAUAAUGUCACCGGUGGACUGCCGCGUGUUCCCUAUAAUGGAGAUGUA